AUGUCAAACCAAAUAGAAAAAUUUGAAAAGCAGGCCUUUUCUCAAAAUAAUGAAUAUAAUAAUGAUCGUAACUCCGAUGAGAGUGAUGUUGACAUAGAUGAGUUGAUGGAUGAAUUGGAUAAUGACGAAGAAAUUCAGCAGAUUAUGUCAAGGCAAAGGGAAGCAAGGUUACAACAGAUAUCGGAUCAUUUAAAGAAUGUAUCCAAGAAGACUUCCGAAGAUGAAAAUUUUGGUAACCUCGAGACUAUAGAGGAUGAAUCAAAAUUGAUCAAAUUAACAAGUUCAUCUACUAAACCAGUAAUAAUUCAUUUCCAAUUGCCACAUUUCAAAAAAUGCCAAUAUAUGGAUAAGCAAUUGAGUAAACUAGCAAGAAAAUACCUUAAUACAAAAUUUAUUAGGGCCAAUGUAGAAGAUUGCCCAUUCUUGGUGGAUAAACUUGAAAUAAAAGUGCUACCGUUUGUUGUAGGAUACAUAAAUGGACUCGAAAGGACUAGAAUUAUUGGAUUUUCAAAAUUAGGUAGUGACCCAAAUUCAUUUGAUUCAAGCGCAUUAGAGAGAUAUCUUUUAUCAGAAAGAAUGAUAAAAUCGAAUACAUCUGGACUUCUAAAGUCUACUAGGGGUACUUCUGGUCAUGACAGUGAUAGUAGUUUAGAUCUUUAG